CAGCGAUGCACUUUGAUGUGCACUUCCGCAGUUUGAUAACUUUGACGUAUGCGUACAGAGUAUUACUGUCUAGCGGGUGUCCGGCAGACGACUAGGUCAGUGUAGUGGACUAUGUUACACGUAGUGCGGGGAUAGUGGUAUUAGGGACUAAGAUGGAAAAUGGUUCAAUAAAUUUGACACAGUUCUCCCCCACCACAUUCCUCCCCUCCAGGGUAAAUCUAAGUAGCAGUAAAUACGACAAGGAAAUUUUCACCAGAGACCUACUGCCUACGUUUAUCUUCGUUUCUCUUCUGCUGCCGAUUGGAAUUAUCGGGAAUGGGUUAGUGUGUUUUAUUUAUCACAGGAACUGGCACAAAAACCGCAGGUCGUCCCGUCUAUUUAUAAUUGCUCUUGCCUGGAUUGACUUGUCAAACUGCAUUGUAACUAUGCCGUUUGAGAUCGUCUUGUUGAUGAACCCAACAACAUUUGACAAUACGGCCGUCUGUAAAUUCUUUCGAUAUUCAACUUUCAUGCUAAAUGGAAUGUCAUCAAUUGUUUUAAUUGGAAUUGCAGUAGACCGGCAUAUUGGUUUUCGAUAUUCCAGGAAAAAAACAUUUGGUGUGCGACAAGCCAAGACAUGUAUUGUGGUUUCCAUCUUUAUUUCUGCUCUAACAUGUUGGCCUGCCAUAGUUUUGUAUGGUACUCACACUUACCAAUAUAAAGGUGUCAAAUCUAUGACGUGUCUCAUUGAUGAUCGGUACAAAGGGACCGUCUUCCCGUACGCACACAGUAUAUAUCUGAUAUCCAGUAGUCUCUUGGUGGAUGUAGUAUUGAUAUCACUAUACUUUUUUACAUGGAGAUCGAUUCACUACACUAAAACGAGACUGUUGGUACUAAGUGCUGAUAACAGUAGAGAAAGUGAAAGGUAUUGGACAUCAUUCAUGAGGUGUUGCAAGAGGAGUUCAGGAACUCAUUUGAGGAAUGCCUCUUCAACUUUAUUGACCCCUGAAAUUAAUUCCAUCUCUUGUUACGAUCCAUGUAGUAAAUCCAUUGGUUUCGGAAACCAGUCUACUCGACGAUAUGAAAAUCGAAUUGGAUCAUCUACUUCCUAUACGACACCAGUCUGUAUACGAUUUGGACCUAAGCCUCAUGUGACGAAAUCUUACAUCAUGAUGUUUUCCGUGACUGUUGUCUAUAUCUGCACGUAUCUGCCGUUCUGUGUCAUUGCUAUUAUUCGAUGUAUCAGCGCAACUUUUCUCUCCGAAUUACCGUCAACAGAAGCGAAUAUUUACCACCUGUUUUUGAGGUCGUACAUGUUGAGUAUGACUGCCAAUCCCAUUAUUUAUUGCUUCAUAAACAAAUCUUUUCGUAAGGACUGUCUAAGGCUUUUUCUUUUUCAAAACACAUUGAAACAUAAAUGACAACUUUGCAUUGCUGAUUUUUAAGUCAAUAAAACUUGUUUGUGUA